UGUUUAUAAUUAGUGACCGCUGUACUACACAUACCUCGUAAAUCUUCCGUUUCAAUGGUAAGGCCCGCGAUGUGAUUGGCGAUGACACUAUCGCAGUUUCAUCCAAUCAGUCGUCGAUAUCCAAGCCGCCGCAUUGCAACACUUCUAAAAGAAUUCGGAAAAGCGGCAUCCAAGCGUUGCUCCAGGUGAUUGCGUAGCGAAUCCACCAACAGGAAGUCCAACGGAAGGAAGGAACUUUCCCGAGCCAAGGAGCAGCGCAAGUAAGACACAGGCAAAAGGGCCAAAAGAGCGGAGGCAAAUUGUCCAGGAAAUACAACGACAACUUGCAAAGACUGUAAGCAAUGUCUUCGGCCAGAGACCUUAUCAAAGUCGACAUAGAAUGGGGCAUGGAGCGCCUGGUGCGAGCUCAGCAAGUGGUGGAGCUGCGGCCCUAUGACAUCGAGUCCUGGAGUGUCAUGAUCCGCGAGGCCCAAACGCGGCCAAUCCACGAAGUACGCAGUCUUUACGAGUCGCUAGUUAAUGUGUUCCCGACAACCGCUCGGUACUGGAAGCUAUACAUUGAGAUGGAGAUGCGCUGCCGGUACUACGAACGCGUAGAGAAACUUUUCCAACGCUGCCUAGUCAAGAUUUUAAACAUCGACCUAUGGAAGCUCUAUCUUACCUACGUGAAGGAAACCAAGUCGGGUCUAAGCACUCACAAAGAAAAAAUGGCCCAGGCUUAUGAUUUUGCACUGGAGAAAAUCGGCAUGGAUCUACACUCGUUCAGCAUCUGGCAGGAUUACAUAUACUUUCUGCGGGGCGUUGAAGCAGUGGGCAACUAUGCUGAGAACCAGAAGAUCACAGCAGUGCGCCGCGUAUAUCAAAAGGCGGUAGUCACACCUAUCGUGGGCAUCGAGCAGUUGUGGAAGGACUAUAUCGCAUUCGAGCAAAACAUAAACCCUAUUAUAUCAGAGAAGAUGAGUCUGGAGCGAUCUAAGGAUUACAUGAACGCCCGUCGUGUUGCCAAAGAGUUGGAAUACCACACAAAGGGUCUCAAUCGCAACCUGCCAGCCGUCCCGCCCACACUCACAAAGGAGGAGGUGAAGCAAGUGGAGCUGUGGAAGCGCUUUAUCACGUAUGAGAAGUCUAAUCCGUUGCGCACUGAAGAUACGGCCCUAGUCACCCGUCGCGUCAUGUUCGCCACAGAGCAAUGUUUGCUGGUGCUCACCCACCACCCGGCAGUGUGGCACCAGGCUUCCCAAUUCCUGGACACCAGUGCUCGCGUGCUCACCGAGAAAGGCGACGUCCAGGCGGCCAAGAUUUUUGCGGACGAGUGCGCUAAUAUACUGGAGCGGUCUAUAAACGGCGUGCUAAACCGAAAUGCGUUGCUAUAUUUUGCCUAUGCGGACUUUGAAGAAGGACGGCUAAAGUACGAGAAGGUGCACUCCAUGUACAACAAGCUGUUACAGUUGCCAGACAUUGAUCCCACAUUGGUCUAUGUUCAGUACAUGAAGUUCGCCCGUCGUGCUGAGGGGAUCAAGUCGGCCCGUAGCAUUUUUAAGAAAGCUCGAGAGGACGUAAGGUCGCGCUAUCACAUUUUCGUGGCCGCUGCUUUGAUGGAGUACUAUUGCUCCAAGGACAAAGAAAUUGCGUUCCGCAUCUUCGAGCUGGGAUUGAAGCGUUUUGGUGGCAGUCCAGAGUAUGUGAUGUGCUACAUUGACUACCUGUCCCAUCUAAACGAGGACAAUAAUACGCGCGUCCUGUUUGAACGGGUACUUAGUUCAGGUGGUUUGUCGCCGCACAAGAGUGUUGAGGUCUGGAAUCGCUUCCUCGAGUUCGAGUCUAAUAUUGGGGAUCUCUCCAGCAUCGUUAAGGUCGAACGUCGCCGUAGUGCCGUUUUCGAGAACCUUAAAGAGUAUGAGGGCAAGGAGACCGCCCAGCUGGUUGACCGCUACAAAUUUCUGGACCUUUACCCCUGCACCAGCACCGAGCUCAAGUCAAUAGGAUAUGCUGAGAAUGUGGGCAUUAUACUGAACAAGGUGGGUGGUGGAGGUCAAAGCCAGAACACCGGAGAGGUCGAGACAGAUAGCGAGGCAACGCCACCGUUGCCACGUCCAGAUUUCUCCCAGAUGAUUCCAUUUAAGCCGCGUCCAUGUGCUCAUCCUGGUGCCCAUCCACUUGCAGGUGGUGUAUUUCCGCAACCGCCAGCUCUGGCCGCUUUGUGCGCCACCCUGCCUCCACCGAACUCCUUCCGUGGACCGUUCGUUAGCGUAGAGCUACUGUUCGAUAUCUUCAUGCGUCUCAAUCUUCCGGACUCCGCACCGCAACCGAAUGGAGACAACGAAUUGUCGCCUAAGAUCUUCGAUCUGGCUAAGUCGGUUCACUGGAUCGUGGACACAAGCACGUAUACGGGGGUGCAGCACAGUGUUACGGCCAUUCCACCGCGCCGGCGACGACUGCUGCCUGGGGGCGAUGAUAGUGACGACGAGCUGCAGACCGCUGUGCCGCCCUCCCACGAUAUAUAUCGCCUGCGGCAGCUAAAGCGUUUCGCCAAGUCUAAUUAAGGAACGUUAAAAAAACAUAUUUUCACUUUUUUCUUUCAAUUUAUGUAUUUACAAGAAAUCCAAUAAAGCAAACCACAUUAA